UAUGUCCGUGAUGAUAAUAGUAAUAAUAAUAAUCAAAAACAAAACAAUGACGAUAAGCCGAGUCUCUAAUGAUCUUAAUUUCUUAUUAGUAAAUAUAUAGUUAUCUAUUAUUUGUUUCCAAUUUGUCAAUGAUUGUGAUUCGUGGAUUGAAAAUUAAAUUUUAAGUCAUUAAAUUAAUAUUAUGAUCAUUUUUCUUUAUUUGAGUUAAUUUCAAACCGGUCAACAUUUUGAGGUUUACCUAUUCAUAGUUUUUUCUGGUCACUGAUAGUUAACAUAAUUAACAUAAUCUCUGUAUACAAUAUUUAAUUGGCUUCAUAAUUAAUACAUUACUUAUUACUAUUGUAACUUAACAAGUGUUAAAUUAUUGAUUGUUUAUUAUUUUAAAUUCAAUGAUAUAAUAUAGUUUUUAAUUUUACUAUACAAUGGAGAGCAACCGUGAUGAGGCUUCCCGCUGCAUUGAGUUGACUAGAAUAUACAUAAAAAAAAAGGAUUUGGAUAAUGCUUGGAAAUUUUCGGUUAAAGCUAACAAAUUAUACCCAUCAUCGGAAACAAAACGUUUAAUGAGAAAAUUAAAAUCAUCAAUGAAACGUUCAAAACAACGGUCAAUGAAACGAAAUCAAUCAGAUGAUUCUGAUUCGUCAUAUAAUGGUGAUAAUUCAAAUUCAUCUUCAAGUACUGACUGUGAUACUAAGCAACCACCAAAAAAGGCAAAAAUGGGCUACAAAUCAAGUACUACUUAUUCAUAUAAAAUGUUUAAAGAGAUAAAUAAAGAUGAAUCUUUUAAGUGUCUUGAAAAAGCAGAAGAACACUUAAAAAGCAAACAAUUUGACCUAGCAGAAAAGUUUAUUCAUAAAUCAAUCAAGCUUUUUCCAAUGCCCAGAGCUGAUGAACUUUUAAAACAGCUUCAAGAAAUGAAAGAUACUAAUAAACCUGAUUAUACAGAAGAACAGGCAAAUGUUGUUAAAAAGGUGAAAAAUAGUCAAAAUUACUACACAAUGUUAAACAUUAAAACUACUGCAACUAUUCCUGAAAUAAAAAAAGCAUAUAAGAAAUUAGCUUUAUUGUUACAUCCGGAUAAAAAUUCUGCACCGGGUUCUGGAGAAGUUUUUAUAGUUGUUACUAAUGCUGUUGAAACAUUAUGUGAUUAUACAAAACGUAAAAUGUACGACCAAACUUUAAGAAAACCUUCUACUUCUACAUCUAGUCAUUAUUCACAAAGUUCCUACCGACAUCAAUCUCCUCAUUACCAUUCAGGAUAUAGUGGACGUCGAUACCCAUUUACAUUCUAUCAAAGUUCACAUGGUACAUGUUGUGAGUCCACUGAUGAUGAUAAUGAGGAUGAGUAUUGUACUGACCAUGAGUAUUUUAAUAGUUUUUAUGACUCAUAUGAUUAUUAAUUUGUAAAAUACUGUAUUAUUAUUUUUAACCUUGAAAACUUAAUAUUAUUAUUUAAAUUAAUGGUAAAAAGUAGGAAAAUGUAAUUAAUUAAUAUGUUUCUUGAUAUUUUUGAUUUCUAAAAUUACAUAAAAAAAUCUAUGUGAAUGUCAAUAACAAUUUAGAAGAUUAUAAAAAGUUUUUAUACAAACAUUGAAACCUAAACAAUUCAACAAAAUAUCAAUAAAUAAUUAUUAUGUAUAUUUUAUACUUGGGUUGCUUAAUUACAGUAAUCCCUCGUUAUCCGCGGAUU